AUGGUGGAGCCGGAAGUCGAAGACGUAGCUUUCCUGACAGCCAUCAAUCACUAUAGAGACAAUCAAGAUAUGUUGCACAAGUCCGGAAUUUAUGAGCACACAGCCGUCACGGCGUGUUCACGAAGAACUGCGUUAAUAAUGACCAGUGCCACUCUGUUUUUGAUGUUUCUCUGUUCUGUGAUCAUCGCCUACGCAGGACCUCAAAACGAUUGUCCGUGUAUUGGCGAAAAGCCAAUAUUUUUACCAGAUGAUGAUGGAGUCAAUCGAUCUCGGUCAGUUAUACCGAUUGCUACAAAUGGCGAUAUAUUUCCAUGGAACAACGUACGUCUUCCUACAUUCGCUAGGCCAUAUAGUUAUCAUAUUAGAAUUCAUCCAAAUUUAACCAAUUUAGACGUAAAAGGGCAAGUAUUAAUAAAUUUUAGGCUUACUCGAGAUACAGAUUAUAUAGUCUUCCACAGUAAAAAUCUUACUAUAGUUGAAAAACGUGUAGUAAAUGCAAAUAAUCAUGAAAUAAUUUACGAAGUAUCCAGAAUGCUGGAAUAUUCUGCUGGUCAGCAAAUGUUAUUGGAAUUUGAAGAAUCUUUAUCCGCAGAACACAAUUACACGUUAAUUAUAAAAUACACAACCCGGUUGAGUAGAGAGUUGGAAGGUUUUUAUCUGAGCAGUUAUACAACGAGUAAUGGCGAAAGAAGAUACUUGGCCACGACUCAUUUCGAACCAACAUACGCCCGUUCAGCGUUUCCAUGCUUUGACGAACCUCAAUUCAAAGCUAGGUUUCGUAUGUCGAUUUUAAGGAAUAGGUUUCACAUAGCACUGUUUAAUAUGCCGAUCAAGGAAUCCGUGGACGAUGGAUUGUAUAUGGGAGUUGGGCUAAUGCGAGACGAUUUUGAAGAAUCCGUAGAAAUGAGUACUUACCUCGUAGCUUUUGUUGUCUGCGAUUAUCAAUAUGUACAUGCGCAGACUUCGCAAGGAGUUGCUGUACGAGUAUAUGCUCCACCCGAAUUACUGUCCCAAACUUCGUUUGCUUUAAACACUGCCACCAAAGUUAUGGAUCAUUACACAGAAUUCUUCGGUGUACCAUAUCCGUUACCAAAACAAGACUUAAUCGCUAUACCGGAUUUUGGUGCUGGAGCAAUGGAAAACUGGGGCCUUAUCACGUAUAGAGAGACUUCAAUACUUUAUGAUGAAAAUGAAACAUCAGCUGCUGCACACCAGUGGGUAGCUGUGGUGGUUGCCCAUGAAUUAGCCCAUCAAUGGUUUGGAAAUUUAGUGACAAUGCGUUGGUGGAAUGACUUAUGGUUAAACGAAGGAUUUGCCAGUUUCUUGGAAUACCGCGGAGUAGAGCACGUGAUGCCUGGGUGGUCAAUGAUGGCUCAAUUUGUGUUAGAUAAGACCCAACAAGGAUUGAAGCUCGAUGCAUUGUCUACUUCGCAUCCAAUCAGUGUUAGUGUUCAUGAUCCAGUAGAAAUCGAGGCCAUAUUUGACUCUAUAUCUUAUAGCAAAGGAGCUGCUCUUUUAUACAUGUUGGAAAAAUUCCUCGGGCUGAAGACUCUGAGGAGCGGAUUGAACGAUUACUUGAAUACACAUAAGUAUAGCAACGCAGAAACUGAAGAUUUAUGGACUGUGUUAAGCAAACAUGCUAAUGAAACAGUACAAGUCAAGCUUAUAAUGGAUACGUGGACACAUCAAAUGGGCUUCCCAAUGAUCAAGAUAAGCAGAGAAAAUAGUUCAUCCUCAAACAACGCGGUUUCAUUCACUGCAAUGCAAAGUAGAUUUCUUUUGACAUCAGAAAUUGCUAAUAUGGUAAAAAAUAGAGCGGAACCGUCUCCAUAUGGUUAUAAGUGGUUUGUUCCAUUAAGCUUUUAUACAGACAUUACCAGUUAUCGCGAACAAGAGGUAGUCUGGAUGAAUAUGACUGAUGUAAGGUUCGAGGUGGAUCCUAAAGUGCGGUGGUUGAAAGCUAAUGUUAAUCAAUCUGGUUUUUACCGUGUAAACUAUGAUGAUGGAUUAUGGAAUGAAUUAAUUGGACAACUUAAACUUAAUCAUGAAGUGUUCAGUGCUGCAGACAGAGCUUCAUUGAUCGAUGAUGUAUUCACUUUAUGCAGAGCAGGGGUGCUUAACGUGACUGUCCCUUUGGAACUAUCUAAAUAUUUAUACAAAGAAAGAGAUUUUGUACCAUGGGCAACAGCACUCGACCAUUUUCAAAACUGGAGCAAAUUUUUAUCAGAAUCAUCACCAUACAGAAUGUUUUUGGAUUAUAUGAAGAAUCUUCUAGCUCCGGUUGCAAGAUCAGUUGGAUGGGAAGACAAAGGAACUCAUUUACAAAAAUUAAUGCGAUCAGAUAUUCUGGCUUCAGCUAUAUUGUGUGGGAUUGAAGACGUUGUAAAAGAGGCGAAAAAUAAAUUUGACGAAUGGAUGUACGAAAACAAACGUAUACCACCAAAUAUGAGAGAAGUAAUUUAUUUAGCAGGAGUUAGACACGGAGACGUCAAGGAAUGGAAUUUUUGCUGGGACAAAUAUAAUCAAAGUCAUGUACCGAGUGAACGUAAACUUCUACUUAAAGUACUAGGCACAUCUAAUGACCCUUGGUUACUUCAAAGAUACUUAUCAACUACACUGGAUAGCUCAAAAAUUAAAGCACAAGAUGUAAAAAUGGUCUUAGGAGUAGUAGCUUCACAAGGAUCACAAGGCCAGUUGUUAGCAUGGCGUCAUCUUAAAGCCAACUGGAAUCAUCUACAAACACUUUUUGGGAACGGAACGUUUACAAUGGGAGGUCUAAUUACAGCUGUAACGUCUCAUUUUGCAACCGAGUAUGACUUUAAAGAAGUAUCCGACUUCUUUCGUAACAUAGACGUUGGUUCAGGAACCAGAGCUUUAGAACAAAGUAUGGAAAUGAUACAACUCAAUGUACAUUGGGUUAACAAUAAUGAAGCUCAAAUAUAUGAUUGGUUGACGAAAAACGAAAAAUCUAAGCAUUAAUUGAACUGAAAAUGAAUAACGAUGUAACUAAAAUAGCAUAUAUUUUUGAAGUAUUGAACCAAGAAAAUGUGUAAGACUGAUAAGAAGAAAAUGAGAAUUAGGAGAUUAAAUUUGAAGGAAUAGAAUAA